AGUAACACUGAAUUCCGGUGGACAUAACAUGCACUGCAAGCUGGAGGGAGGAGACAGUUAUACAUAAUAGUGCAAGUGUGAUAUAUGUUUAUUGUGGCACUUUGAAUGAGCCUCUCUCCAUUACAGACAAGUCGGACAAAACUGCCUCACAAUGUGGCUCCUUCUGCUGGUGGCGUUGGCCCUCUUCUUUGUAUACAAAUCGUACAAAGAAAGACAAAUCCUUCAGAAUCUCCCAGAUAAAUAUGUGCUGAUCACUGGCUGUGACACUGGCUUUGGAAAUUUGCUUGUGAAACAGCUGGACCAGCGAGGAAUGCAGGUACUGGCAGCUUGUCUGACGGAGAAAGCAGCUGAGGAUCUAAAGAAGGAGACGUCGAGCAGAGUGCGAACAACAACACUGGAUGUCACUGAUACCGAGAGUGUGAGCUCUGCUGCUAAGUGGGUGGCUACUAUCGUUGGAGAUAAAGGUCUUUGGGGCUUGGUGAACAAUGCUGGUAUUGGGGUUCCAUCUGGCCCUUCUGAAUGGCUUACAAAAGAUGAUUUUUUAAAAGUCUUGGAAGUAAACUUGCUGGGGCUUAUUGAUGUCACAAUUAAAAUGUUACCCCUAAUUCGAAAAUCAAAAGGACGUGUAGUUAAUGUAGGAAGCCUUGCAGGAAGAUUGACAAUAUGUGGGGGAGGAUAUGCUGUUUCUAAAUAUGGAGUGGAAUCAUUCUCCGACGGCCUCCGCCGUGAAAUGCAACCAUUUGGUGUGAAGGUAUCUAUUGUGGAACCGGGAUUCUUUAAUACAGGAAUAACAAAUCCAAAAACUCAAAUAAAAAACAUACAGACACUCUGGGAGAGGCUUCCAGAAGAAACUCAGAAGUGUUAUGGUGAAGAAUACUUCAAAAAGAAUUACAAGGUUGUUGAUUCCAUUGAGAAAAUCUGCAGCACAAACCUUAAUCUGGCCACAGACUGUAUGGAGCAUGCACUAAUAGCAGUGUACCCUCGGACUCGUUACACUGCAGGAUGGGAUGCCAAACUCUUCUUGUUACCUCUAUCUUACUUUCCUGCAGUAGUAGCUGAUUUUAUUCUUAAUCUUGGUCAACUUAAACCAGCCCAGAGUAUCUGAUUGUCCUAUUACCUGGAAACUCUAUACCUACAUUAAAUUGUUCUUGUUUGCCAAAUUAAAAACAUUUGGUCAUA